GAUUAAUGUUAUUUAUCACUGUGCCACCGCGCUAUACUAAUCGUUGGUAGGAAAAAUCGCAAAUUAUUUGUUUUGUCCCGUUUGUGGACGAGCUCUUAUCAAAAGCAUCUAGCUCUUUGUGUCGAUAGUUCGCCUUCUGCGCCAGUGUGUGUAAAGGCAGCACUUUCGACGAACAUAUUCGCGUCGUUUCCCUGUUCCAUAUUUAAUACUUCGAGUCGCGUUUUCUUGAAUACGAGAAUGAAGCUGUUUAUAGCUGUGUCGUGCCUCCUGGCUCUGUCUACUGUGAACGCUGCGGACACUUGCUACAAAGAUGUCAACAUGGAUUGCUCGCAGGCGUCCUCCACUCUAGCCUUGCCCCGCUGUAACGCGUUGUACGGUGACUACGGCCGCCCCGGCAGCGUCGCCGGCGAGAUGCAGGCCUACGCUAACCUCCACCUGGAGCGCUCGUACCAGUACCUCCUCUCCGCUGCCUACUUCAACAACUACCAGACCAACAGGGCUGGAUUCUACAAGCUGUUCAAGAAACUCUCAGACGAGGCCUGGGAGAAGAGCAUCGAUAUCAUCAAGCAUAUCACUAUGAGGGGUGACGUGAUGGACUUCGCCCGCCGCUCGGCCCACGACAGCGCGGCUGACCGCAACUUCACCGUAGAGCUGCAUGAGCUGGAGUCUCUCGCUAAGGCAUUGGACACGCAGAAGGAGAUGGCCGAGCGCGCCUUCCACAUCCACAAGGAGGCUACUAGGAACAAUGAGAAACUGCACGAUCCUGAGAUCACACAAUACCUGGAGGAAGAAUUCAUCGAGAACCAAGCCAAGACCAUCCGCAACCUGGCUGGCCACACGACUGACCUCAAGAAGUUCAUCACAGCCAACAACGGACAGGACCUGUCCCUUGCUCUGUACUUGUUCGACGAAUAUCUGCAGAAAACUGUCUAAAUUAUAUUUAAAAAAAUAAAUAUAUAUAAGUAGUUAUUUUUAACUGGGUAACCCUGUGUUGAAUGAUCAACAAUUUAUGCGUCACUCGGUUUUGAUAAUCAGGACGAUGAAUAUUUCGUCAUUCAGACAGGGUUGACCAGUUAAAAAUACUCUUAAGAUAAUUAUUUAAAUAGUUGCCAUUUUCAUACUAUACUCAUUAGUGUAACCCUCCACUAAAACUAAAAACUACCAAUUUAGUAGCAUUUCUUUUUUCUGGCAACACCGCCGGCGCCGCCAUCUUGUGCGCUCGAAUGAAAACAAGCCGAAUUUGGCGCCAAUUUACGUUAUGUACAAAAAAAUAGGCUGUUUACCACAAAAUUAUUGUGAUCCUCUAAGUAAGAUUUAAAAUUGUAUAUUAUAAUGUAAGAAAAGAUGUUUCGUAUGUAGUAAGUAUUGUAUUUUCAGUUAUUUUCAAUAAAUAUUUUUCAUUUACCCAUCA